CCUAAGUGCCUAACCUCUACCUCACCACGCAUGCAUUCGAUGCCAUCACACGCGGAGGGGAAAACCAGAUCAACCGGGCCGUCAUACGGUCGAGAAUUAAAUUGGAAAUUUCCUGCCGACGCCCAUGCCGGCCCGUGGAUGUACUCGCGUUAUCACGAUGGGCGAUUUCAGCACCCACAUUAAAAAUAUCGGCCCCUUCUCUCUCUUCCCCUCCGGGCAUGGAGGGUGAUAUCGAAAUCUCGACAACGAACUUCAUAAUUAUAAUAGGCCAAACGAAAGCGAAGGAAAGAUAUUAGUAACUGCAAUUAUUGCAGCCUAAAUCCACACGGAAAAAAUAUUACCAAAAGUAUAUCAAUAAGGGAAGGGGAAGGGGAAGGGGAAGGGGAGGACAAUUCUAGCACCGAUGGAAGGAUGCAGAGGUUUCUGUUCACGGGCUCUUGUUUCCUCCGGUCAUCCGCCUUCGAUGUGGUCCGUCAGGGCUCAUAGCCUCUUCGAUCUUGCUCUCAGGUAGAGAAGCGGAAUAAAGAGGUGAUUUCCCACGGAGAUACUUCAGCUCUGUCCAAAGAGUUGAAUGCUUAUUUAUUUUGCUCUGACAUCGGUUGGUUCCGUGCCUGCUUUUGCUGACCAAAUGGAGUCAGGGGACUCAAGCCAUAGUCUUUUGAGUGGAAGACAUUCUGAAAUGGGAAGCCGCUACAUUGUGGAGUCUGGUAUCUACAUGUCAUCUUUUGCUGCAGCCAUCUUUAUUGCUGCACUUGUGACCAUUGGAGUUCUACUGCUCACUUUGCUGAUAUCUCUGACUGUUAUGUUAGAAUCCUGUCAAAGUAGCCACUCUGGAGUCUUUAAGCAAGUUAGAACAAGUGAUCGGGAUGACUAUUGCAAUAUUUUUGCUUUCCAUGCUGAGCUUAAUAACUUGGAAGAAGAUGAAUUUCCCACAAUUUGCCAGCAGCAUGCUCGCCAAUAUAUUAAUAAAGGUCGAUUCUUGCGAGAGUUAAAUUUGACAGUUCAGGUGGCAGAGAGCUAUUUCAAUACCAUGACUCCCAGUGAUGAUGGUCUAGAUGUAAUAUUGAUGGAUGCAGAUGACAUAUUCUUAUCAGAAAUUGCCUACAACGGAAGUUCUGCUCUACAUUGGACUAACCAGGUUGAAAACAUGAGACAUUUGGCCCACAUGAUUGUUUCUAGAUUGCUCAUAAAACUCCAAGCUGGUGGCUGGUCUGUGAGUUUCUUUACAAGAAGGCCUAUGAGAAAUAAGAAUGCCACCAUGGCAAGCCUCACCUCUGCUGGUUAUGGAGAGUGGUCUUCAUUGAUCAUGAGGUCUGAUGAUGAACUUCUAAAGGAGAACUGGGAAUACAUCUCUCAUAUAAGAAUGCAGUUGCGGGAUCAGGGAUUCCGGAUUGCGAGUGUGAUUAGCAGCCAAAUGGAUGCCCUACAAGGACCAUGUUUAGGAAAGCGUAAUUUCAAGCUUGCUAGUCCAAUUUGUUACAAAGUUUGAGCAGCCUGAAAAUGGUGUAUGACUGUUUGCAGAAAGAUUAUUUUGCCAGGGUAUCUGGUUCUAUUUCUCCCGAGCGUAUAAUUGAGAUCUUUUUAUUCCUGGUUGGGCUAUUCAGAUUUUUCUUUUUUAAACCAAACGUCCAUUGGAGUGCAUAUUGUCAAUAUUCGAUUGGACCGGGUGCCACGCGUGGACAUGUUUGUUUCCUUCCAUGCAGAAGGAAACAAUGAGAUUGGAGGAAAGACAUGCAAAGAUUUUCAUGGCAAUGGGCAUGGUGGUUGCAAGUUCAGUGUACAGGUUUAUGAAAAAAAAGGGAGUACUUAAUACAUUCGACAAAACAUUCAACAGGGAAACAUGUGAAUGCAGUUGAAGCAAGCAGGUUUCAGCUUUCAGAGUAGACUGUUAGAAGUCAGAACAAGUGAAUAGGUAAUGGGUCCCCUUGUAAAAUUGUUUUAUCAUCAAAGAUUGCACCAAGAUCCGUGUGUUGUUAUUAAUUGGAAGUUUAUAUAUUAUCCGAUCACAGCAGGAGAUUGUAAAUUGCUAACCUCUAAUGUGAUCCAUGAAAAUUUACCGGAGGUUAUUAUUUCAUCUACUUUAACAUC